AUGUCGAAUACUGUUGUUAAAGAUUUUCCUCCAGCUACAAAAUCCGCUGAUAAUGCUUUGGUUAUAGUUGUUGGUGAAGAUGGUUCCUUAUCUGUGGAUCCAGAAACGUUAAACAAUCUAUUAAGUAGUCAAAAUACUGAAGUGAGUAUAGUCCGAAUGUCAGGAACAAGUACAGAAAAUGAUGAAGUUGAUGCAACAUUGGAAACCUUUUUAGAAACUACUAACAAUAUUGGCACUCACAAUAUUGAUACCACAGAUAUUCUUGAACCACCGCAAACAAAUCAUAAGAAAAUGGAAGAACUAACGGUCGAUAUUGACGAAAUCAGCAGGAUGUGUCGAAAUAUUCAAAUGGAUCAUUGCUACACACCAUUAACUUCACCAGGUCAAAAAUUAGAAACAAUUAAUAAAAAUAACAGUGAUCUAUUACAAUCACAAACUCUGAAUAAGAGUACUGAAGAUUUAAUGGCUGUAUUAGAGGCAGACAAUGAACCAGUCUCAAAACCACCGACAUCAAUCUCGAAACCGGUAACAUCUUUACUAGCUCCUGUUGAUACAACGAGUCAAUUGUUGACACAGUUGGAGAAAUCAAAAGAUACAAACAGUGCACCACAAGUUGUUACUAAACCUCCAGUUAUUAAGACGACACCUUGUUCUGUAGGACUUGUACAAUCUGUACCCAAACCUAUAAGCGGUGGUGCUCUUUCGUCAACACCAAUAAAGAAAACACUAAAGAUAGUUACGGUUACAAAACCAGCUACAGGUAUUCGAGUUGCUACCACUGCAACUCCACCUUUAAUGCCACAGACGAGUACUCCCAUUAAGGAACCAACUAAAGAGCCACCAGUACAAAAAUUACCCGUCAAAGAAAAAGAAUGUAAAAUUGUCAAAGAACCUUCUCAAACAUCAGUCAGUAAUGACUCAAAAUUAGAAGAAGAUUUAAGUGAUAUUAGCUCUGAUUCAGAUUUUGAAAUGGAUGAUGAUUCCGAAGAUUCUGAUUUUGAUGCUGGCAAACAGAAAAUAUCAAAACCAAAAUAUAAAACUUUUGGUAGUAAGCGCAAUAAAUCGGGUGCAAAUCGAAAACGUGACAAAUCAGCUAAUAAAUCUUUAAAUCGUUCACUUGGAAAACCGAAAAAAAUUCAACAAAAUAAGGACCCUACAAAACCGCCAUUAGUUAUAAAAACAAAUAAAAUUGUACGAACUAAAUCAAAAACGAAUUUGGUUCAAGAAGAAUCCAGUACGCCGAUUACUCCUGUUACACCAGUGACACCGGUGACACCUACGACUCCACAACAAGAAGUUGUAUCGCCACAAACAGAUAAACAUGAUCAAUCAAAGAAACUUCCAAAAAAGAAGGUGCCAAAACCUAUUGGAUUGUUUGACGAUGGUAUUGCAUUAUUUUCGACACCGGAUGUUAUUCGACGAGUUAGUGUUAGUGGUGAUUCACCGACUAAAGUAACUGAGCCAAAUAUUAAACCUCGGACACAAUCAGUUGAUCAAAAAGUUGAAGAUAGAAUUGAAGGCAGUAACAAAACGAAAGAUGAUUUGUCUAAAAUUGACUUAAAACCUGAUAAAGCUCCAAUUACAUCUGAAGUAGAUUCAACAACGCCAAUGGAUGCAACUGAACAAACGUUAGCCGGGUUAGAUAAUGCUAACUUAGAUUUAGAUCUAAACGCAGAUGAAUUAAUACCAGAAGAUUUGCUAUUCCAAGUAGCAAAACUUGUUGAAAAUGCUGAUAUACAAAAAGUCAUUGAUACAAAUUUAACGUUAGUUGAUCAAAAUUUGGAUAAUCUAGAUUCGGUUUUACCGAAAACUAAUGACGAUUCAUUCGUUCAGAAAGAAGUAGAGAAUAUGAAUGUUACGGAAAAUACGCAGGAUGUCAUUCCAAACGAAACACACACAAAAUUACAACAAAAACCACAGAAUAAAAUUCAAACGCCUGUUUCAAGCACUGCACAAGCGCCAGCAGGUAAUUUGAUUACGAAGAAUAAUACGAACAAACCAAUUCAAAUAGUUCGACCCGACGGUCGCGUUAUUAUAAUUCCACCAAUUGAAAAGCCAGCAACCAGAAGUAGUAAACGUAAACAAGGUGGGGAUAAUAAUACUAGUGCAACACAAUUAACUUCAGAUUCGGAUACUAAUUCUGUAACGGCUCCACCAUCUACUUUACAAAAUACAAGUGUUAUAUCGACGGCAGAACAUGAAAAAUCAAAACAAAAUACGGAUAAUAGCCGAUCCGAACAAUUACAAUCAAAUACCAAUGCUGCAGAUGAUUCCGAUAUCUCAGAUUCGGAUGAAAGUUGGAAAUCUGAAGAUGAUCCAGACAGAUUAUGGUGUAUUUGUAAGCAGCCGCAUAACAAUCGAUUUAUGAUUUGUUGUGAUACAUGUGAAGAAUGGUUUCAUGGACAAUGUGUUGGUGUUAGUAAAGCUUUGGGUCGACAAAUGGAACAACAAGGCAAAGAAUGGCAAUGUCCUAAUUGUCAAAAAGUAAAAAAAAAUGCAUUACAGCAAGCAUUAAAUGAAGCACAACAGGCAACUAUGGAUUUAUUAUCUCCAACAGCGCCAACAACUACUCCACAACAAAAUACUGUGCAAUCGUCAGAAGAUGCUGAUAAACCAGUUCAGCGUUGUAUUGUUUGUAAAGGACCAUCUAGAUCUGGAAGUGUAUAUUGUAGUGAAAGUUGCAUUGUACAACAUAGUAAUGCAGUUGAAAGGGUUAUUGUUUUCGAACGCGCCACAGGAAGAUGUUUAUCAGGAAAUAAUGCACCGACAGUGGCAAAUUUGAAACAAUGGUUAAAACAACAUCCUGGUUUUGAAGUUGUUAGUUCUGGAAAUAAGACAUUAACCCAAUCAAAACUGCAACUGAAUAAAACUGGUGUUAAUAAAAAUUCACAACAAAAUCUCAAAAUACAAGGUAAACAAACGCCAGGCUCAAACAAACAAGCGCCACAUAUUCUAAAUCAUCAACUCGGGAAAGGAUUACUACAAAAAUCACAACAAUCAUUUUACGGCAAACCAAAUUCACAAACACCGAAUAAACAAUUACCAAAUACCGCUACUACGACGCCUGUUAAAAAUCAACAAGCGAAAAUGGUAACUUCAACUCCAUUGGCACAAGUGAAAGGUGUAAAAAUAAUUCAACCGCAUACACUAACAAUAAAAACACCACCAAUAAAACAAAAAACCAUUCCCCCAACUACUCCUACAACUCCACAGACUCCCAAACAAACGCCGCCACAAGAGGAAGAAAAACCGAUAGUAAAGAAAAAAACACCAAAUUCAAAUGCAAAGUCAACUACAACACCCCAAAAAGUAUCACGACAAAAAAGUGUUUCUUCAGUAACAGAGGAUAAUAGGCAACAGAAAGGACCGGAACAACUGCGAGGAAAUGUACGGAAAACAUUAGCUGAACAUUUAUUGCUACGAUUAAAGGAACAAGAGGAAAUUAAGAUGUCUGAAGAAAGUGUAAAAAAGUUAUCGGACGAAAUAGAAGCUGAAUUAUAUAGUUUAUUUAACAAAGAUACUGGUGCUAAAUAUAGAAAUCGUUAUAGAAGUUUAAUAUUUAAUAUAAAAGAUCCAAAAAAUGAAACAUUAUGGAAACGAAUAUGUCAAAAGGCAGUUUCACCAAAGCAAUUAGUACGUUUACUGCCAGAGGAACUAGCAAGUCAAGAAUUAGCACAAUGGCGUGAACGUGAAACAAAACAUCAAUUAGACAUGAUAAAGAAAACAGAAUUAGAUUUGUUAUCGUGUGUACGAACCUAUGUACUCAAAUCACAUAAAGGUGAAGAAGUAAUUGAGAAACGUGUAGAUGCUGUCGAUUCAACAAUUGUUGCUGAUUUAGAUGGCUCAUUAAACAAUGAAGAACGAAUAGCAGAUAGUACAACUGAACGUCCACGAUCUCAAGAUAGUAGCUCAAAGGAUACGUCUAAGAGUAAAUCGUCAGACCACAAACAUCGAAGGGAAAGUAGCAGUUCACAUCACAAAAGUAGUCGAGAUCGAAGUAGUCGAAAACACAGAGAUGGAAGUCAUGAUAGAAAGAGAAGAAGCAGGAGUAAAGAUAGAAGGAGGGAUGGAAGUAAGGAUCGUAGAAGUUCUGAUUCGAAAAAGAGUAGGCAUCGUUCACGAAGUGGAUCACGACACAAAUCUACAGAUCAUGAUAAAAGUCGACAUAAGGAUAAACAUGAUCACAAAAAUAAAUCGUCUUCUAAGCAUAAGCACAAUAAUAGUAGCAGGCACAAAGAUUCAGAAUCGGACAGUACAACUUCAAGUAACACAACUAAAAACUCAACAAGAGAUCUUAGCAAAUCAGAUACAACUGAUUUACUUACAAUGGGAUUGGAUAAAAAGUCAAAAGAAAUAUUAGAAUCAUUGGUUGAUAACAAAGUUGUAGAUAAUCGAAUUUUAAGAGACGAAAUUCUUGCCCCAAUAUCAACUGUAACUGCUGAUAGUGAAUCAGAUCAUGAACCAAGUUCAACAGUGACCAUUGCUACACCACCUCGAAGUGCUGAUAUCGAUUCAACACCUAUCGAUAAACAGUCGCGCACAUCUGUAGAUACAGCAACGGAAGAACCACCCACACCAGAGUUGUCGGAAUCAUCUGAAAAUAUUGAAAAGAAAAUAAUUUCAGCACCAACUAAGACGAUUUCAACGCAACCCACCUCUGCUGAUGGUCCCGUUAUUUGGAAAGGAUUUAUUAAUAUGAUUGAUGUUGCGAAAUUUCGAAUUACUGCUCAAGAAGUAUCAGGUGAUUGUAUAAGUUUGGCUAAGGAAUUAUCAACAAGCUUAGAUAUCGUGGGAAGGAUUAGUCCAGAUACUGUAUGGGAGUAUUUAAGUAAAAUGCGAAGAUCAACAGCUAAAUAUAUUAGUAUAUUAAGAUUAAUGCCAGAAAAUUCAGAUGAACAAAGUGCAUACCAAUCUUUAUAUACUUAUUUAAGUAGCAGAAAAAGGUUUGGUGUAGUGAAAACAGCUAAUACAUCAAUUAAAGAUUUCUAUAUAAUGCCACAAGCAAGUUAUAAUCCUUUACCACAAGUGUUACUUCCUAUUAGUGGACCAGGUUUUGAAGAAUCACGACCAAAUUUACUACUUGGUAUAUUGGUUAGCUCUAAACGUAAACGACCUCAAAUAUAUGAAACAAAUGCUACUAUUUUGGCAAAGAAAAUGAAAGAAUCAUCGCCACCGAGAUCUUAUACACCACCACCUAGCGAUAUAAAAGAUCCACGUACUGGACCACCAAAGACAAAUUUAAUUUCAUCGAUUGUAAUGCCACCUUUACCCACCGUAGCACCAAUUCCACCGCCAGAAAUAACAAAACCAGAACCACCACCAUUGGAUGACAUGGAUGAACCUUACAGUCCAGGUGAUUCAGAUGAUACUUUGCCAACAAUUCCAGUGAAUAUAAUUAAAACAAAAUCGACUACUGUACGUGAAAAAGAGAAAAUAUUACUACCACCUCUACCACCAGUGACAAAACCGGUAGCAUCAGACUUGUCAAUAUUGGAGCCAUUUAAAACAUCCAAUUAUCCAACAAUACCCGGAUUGGAUGCAGCACCAGCCGCACCAUCAGAAUCAAGUACUACAAGUUCAUUAGAUGUAUUGAAUCUUUUAAGCAGUACAAUUAGUUCAACAUCAGUUAUAAAUCUAGAUGCAUCUCCUGUUUCAACGCAAUCACUUUCAGCAGAAAUAUCUGCUUCAACAGGUUUAGAUGCUUUGGCAAUACAGCGGAAUAUUGAUGAAAUUAAUAAACGAAUUGAACGAGAACGGCAAGAAAUUGAUUCAAUUUCAAUGGGAAUUGUUCAAAAGAAAGAUAUCGAAUCAUCUUGUCUAGCAAAUAUUGCACUGCCAAGCAACCUACAACAAAUAUUAGACAGUAUAAAAACAAAAAAAUGUGAUGAAACAGAUAUUCUUCCAAAAGAUAAAGAGGAAACUUCCCCUAUUGAAGAGUAUACACCUGUAACAAACACACUAUCUUCUACUAGUAUACCUAGUUAUGCACCAAGUUCAUCCACAACAAAGGAACCAACACCAGUGCUAGACGACGAUGAACCUUUACCUACAAUACCGUUAUUACUUCCAAAACUACCACGACCGUCAUUAGAAAGUAAAACAAACAUAUCAGAUUUAAAUAUUCCAUUAAAUUUGCCAAUUUCGAAAAGAGUACUACCUUCAAGUAGUAUUAAACGAUCGGCAAAUGAUAGCGAUUUAUUAACUGAUGCUAAACGAAAACAUUUAGAUACAUCUGGUGAAUUACCACAAAUUCCAUUAAACUUACCGCUUGUAUCAAAAAAAUCAUUUUCACACCAUACCUCAACAUCCCCCUCCAAGAUGACAGUUGAAAGCUCACAAACAAAACCGUCAAGUGUGUUAAGCUCACUGUCAACAGAGGAGUUAAUACGAAAAGCAAAUGAAAUGUUAGCUGCACAAGACGACAAGGUUGAGGAUGAAGAUGAUGACGAAUCAUUUGAUUCUUCAACCGAAUCACCUAUAAAACAAGCUCCAGUUUUAUAUCCAAAUACAUCAAUUCCACCACCUACAAUGCGUUUUAUGGAGCAACCACCUGUACCUGGCCUCGAAGAUUACGAAUAAUGCAAUUUUCUGCAAAUAGAUUUAAAUAUUAGUUUGUUAAAGUAAAAACAAAAAACAUUCAAUACGAUUUAAAUAAGUUUUUGAUGUUUAAUCAAACAAAAAAAUAUGCUUUAAUUUUUAAGUUUUUUUUCCUUAUUUGUAAGCCAAGUCUGUUACCACGUUAAGGUAGCUAAUAUUUUUUUAGUUAAUUAUAGUACG